AUGGUGUUCAUCUUGGUGACUUUAGCCGCAUAAUCACUGGUUUCAACUAUUCCAAUGGAUAUGCUUGUGGAAAAAUAGAGGUUCAAGAUAACUCAGUUGUAGGUAGUCAAAGCCUAAUUCUCCCUGGUUCUCUUGUUGAAAAGAAUGUCAUUCUAGGUGCACUUUCAGUUGCUCCAAUGAAUUCUAUACUCCAUGAAGGUAGUGUUUACAUCGGGUCUCAAACCCGAGUUACAAUGAGGAACUCGGGAAAUGCUAAUUUUGAUGAAAGAAUAGAGGAGAUGGACAUGGACUACAAGAAAAUAGUUGCAAAUUUGGCUGCAAAUUUAGCUGCAACAACUAUGAAUGCUAAAGCAAGAUAUUUCCAUCGCAUCGGUGUUGGUGGAAAAGGGCAAUUGAAAAUAUACAACAAACUUGAAGGUGUUCCAAUGCACAAGAUUUUUCACCCUGGAAAAAGCUACCCCAUCUUAGUAAGACAUAGUAAUAGCUUGAGUGCUGAUGAUGAUGCAAGAAUCGACGCACGAGGUGCGGCAUUGAGGAUACUUUCUGAAGAUGAACCUCCUACAGGCUCUUCUGAUUCUCCUCCUCCUUAUACUCUCAUUGACUUAACACUAAAAACAGGAAAUGCGUUUUAUGCUCGAACACUCUCUGAUUUUGCAAGCUGGCUUGUGUGCGGACUUGCUGCAAGGGAAGAACUGGUAAAGGGUGCUCCACAUGUUCGUGAAGCAGUAUGGAGUUCCCUUAGACAUGCUGAUUCAUAUGCCGAAUUGCAUUACUACUCAAACUAUUGCAGGCUCAUGCGGUUCGAAGACGGACAACAAAUGUAUGUGAAAUUCAAGUUAAGGCCAUAUGACACAAGCAUCAAUGAAGACAGAGGCAAAGUUAUUCCAACAGGGAUUCUUCCACCAGAGACAGGUGCAAUUCCUAGAGACGAAAAUGAUUCACGUCCUUUGCUUUUCCUUGCUAAUGAUUUUCAAAGCCGUGUUAGUUCCUCCAAUGGAGUUUGUUAUGUUUUCCAAAUUCAACUAAGACCCGUUCCAGACGACGAACAAGCCCGCGAGAUUGCAUUGGAUUGUUCUAAACCAUGGGAUGAAAAUCAAUUCCCUUUCAUUGACGUUGGAGAGAUAAACAUCAAUGAGAAUCUUUCAAUGGAAGAAUCACAGAAGCUCGAGUUCAAUCCAUAUCUUAAAAGCAAUGAUUUGGAUGUAAUUUCAGCCACUUCCAACACACAAAGUGCUUCAAUUGAUCAUGGCCGUUCACUAAUCUAUGAGAUCUGUCAGCAUGUCCGUAACAGACAACCGCUCCCAGAAGCAUGGAGAAACCUCGUACAACAAUCCAAUGUUAAGGUUGACUUGUCCUGCUGUCCAAUAGCAUCAUCACCACCAGCAUUGCCUGAAAAAGAACCAUUACUGAAAAACAAAACUCAACCGAAAUUAACAUUAACAAGAACAUGGUAUCAAACAUUCUCAGCACUCUUCAUUCAGCCAUUUCUACAAACAGCUUUACCUCACAUGGUAAUCGGUCUAUCCAUUUUCUUUCCUCUGAACAUGGUUGUUUAUUUUAAGGAAACCAAGAAACUCCCACUCCAUUGGCUACUUCCAUUCUUCUGGAUUCUCUCAGGUUUCACAGCUGCAUUAUCAUGUACCAUAGCAAAAAGGGUUCUUGUAGGAAAAAGAAAAAACGGCGAAACAAUACCAAUAUGGAGCAAAAGAAUCAUAAUGGACACAACAUGGCAAGCUAUUAGAACACUAGUUGGUGAUUACUUCAUGGAUAUGACAAAUGGGUCGUUUUUAUUUGUGAUAUGGAUGAAAAUGAUGGGUGCAGAGAUUGAAAUUGAUGGCGGUAGUUACGUGGAUAGCAAUGGAGCAAUGUUGAAUCCUGAAAUGGUGAAGAUUGAGAGAGGUGGUUGUGUGGGAAGAGAGGCAUUGUUGUUUGGACAUAUAUAUGAAGGUGAAGAAGGUGGAAUGGUGAAAUAUGGAGAGAUUAAGAUUGGGGAAGAUGGGUUUGUGGGAAGUAGAAGUGUGGUUAUGCCUGGUGUGGAAGUUGAGAGUGAUGGAAAUCUUGGUGCUUUGUGUCUUGCUAUGAAAGGUGAAGUUAUUAGGUCAAGAUAG